AAGGAGCCCGCGUCGAAGAAGGGCCGGAAAUCGAAGGGCGACAAGGAGAAUCAUCGACGCAGCAGGCGGAGCCCCUCGGUCAGUAAUGAUAAUGAGAAUACGGAAGAUGGCUUCGACGCGAAGGAGUACAAAACCUCCUACUUCCUCCCGCUCACCAAAUUGAACGACCACAUCACGUGUCAGAUUUGCAAGGGCUACCUCAUCGAUGCAACUACGGUUAUCGAAUGUCUACACACUUUUUGCAAAUCGUGUUUGCUGAAGCAUUUUGAGGACAAGGACAACAAUUGCCCCCAGUGCGGCGAGCUGAUUCACCAGUCCCACCCGUCUCACUAUGUCGCCUUUGACCGCACGAUGCAGGAUAUCGUCUACAGGCUUGUGCCAGGAAUGUUCGCCGAGGAGAAACGGAGAAGAUACGAUUUCCUGAGACGGCAAAAUAAAAAACAGGGCAUUAUCGAUGAGCCGAUGCCCGGGAAGAAGGAAGAAGUCCUCGAUGUUGGGCCAAUGUAUAAAUGCUAUCAAACGAAACCGGAAGUGUCGCAUCACCGGCAGGGGGAUCAGACAAUGGUAGAACUCUCACCGUCGCCUGGCCUUGGAAAAAUUGGUCGUAAUAUCGUUAGACUACAUUCCAUGGCUACGAUAAAUACGAUAAAACGAUACCUGGCGCUAUGUCUCUGGAACGACGUGGCAAAGUACCAAGAGCUGGACGUGUUCUGCAACAACGAGCUGAUGGGCAAGGAUUUCUCGAUGAAGUUUAUCCGGAUGACGAGGUGGGAGAAAGCU